UAAAUAUAUACACACACACAUACAUAUAUAUAUAUAUCUACUCUUUGUUUUUUUUUUUGCUUUAUUACUCUCAUUACCGUCAUUAUUAUUCUUACCAUAUCCUCAUGAACGUACUUGACCAACAAAAAGAUAUUGGUGCACUCCUUGAAGUGUGCCAAACCCAAUGGGAGACAUUGCAAUCACACGGAAAAUAUGCUGUCGAUGAGUCCAUUCGUCAAUGUAGCCGAGAUUUACACGAAGGAAUCAAACUCCUAGUCAAUCUACAAGACGAAUUAGACGAGGUUGGUCAGGAGGAGGUGGAUUCAGCUUGGCUAGGUCGAUACUCAUUUACUAUGGAAGAAGUUCAGAAGAGAUUACAAAGUGCAAUGGAUAAAACGAAAAAAAAGUCAGUAACAAACCUGUCCCCAAUCUUUACCAAUUCAAUCGCAGAUAUGGCCACGACAGCAAGCUCCACGCCUGGUCUUACCAAACAUCUGAAACAACCACAUGGUCAGCCCACCAAAGAUACUGUUAUUGAAGAACAAACAUGUUAUGUAAAGGCAGUUCCAAUGGUAACCCAGUCUGCACCGCUAAAGUUACCAGGACAACUAUCCAGCUCACUCCGGUCGACAUCCUCAUCGAGUCAAAAUACAUGCUUGUUGAACAGCAGUAUAUCCGAAGAGGACGAAGACGAAGACGAGGAUGACGAUUACAAUGACGAAGACUCUUACACACAAGAUACCCCCAAAAAUAGUCAAGAGGCUCUUGUUCCAGCACCAAGGUUCACAAUUUCAUCUCCAGAGAAGCAAUUCGUCGGAUACCCAUUUCUAAAUCGAGUUUCCGAGCCGGUUCUGGAGGACAUGGACCAAGAGAUUAAUAAUUAUGGCUCGAGUCCACUAGAAUCCAAGCAAUUUGACAACGACUAUCAGCAAUAUUCUUCUGCCAUUUCACUUCCCAAAAUCCCAAAAUCCAAUAGCAGUGUGAGUAUGUAUUCUCUUCCGCCGAGAUUUAUAGAUUCGCCUGCCCGCCAAGAAAAUUACAACAUUCAACCGCCGGUUUUUCCUACGGCCUCUGAAAGCACCGAGAGAUCAUUUGGCAGACGGUCCCUGACGAUUGAAGAAUUUCCUGAAUUAAAGGUCGAUACCGAGCGACGAUCUAAACUGCUGAUUCCUCUGCUCAAAUCAAAGAACUCCUCAAGAUCUACUCCGUUGCCAGGUGCUCCUGCUCGUAUAAACUUUUACAAAAAUGAUGAAAAUAGUGAUAGUAAAGACAAUGAAAUCUUUGCUUCUGAUGCAAUCGUCAACCAUCCUCUCCGGAUAGGUAUCGGUUAUGGAAGCUACAUUUGCUACAGCUGUACCGUUCUGAGCAACAAGGGAGCAUCCAUCAUUGUGCGAAAACGGUACUCUGAUUUUGUUGAUCUUAGAGAAGAACUUAUCAAAAAAUACCCAAAAAUGAAGAAGAACAUACCAAAAUUACCUCCAAAAAAGGUUGUUGGAAAUUUCACUCCAGUAUUUGUGGAGCAUCGAAGACGUGACCUUGAGUACUUUUUCAAAUAUGUUGUAUUACAUCCAAGCUUAGGCAAUAGUUCUAUUGUAAAGCAUUGGAUCGCUCCCUAAAUGUCCUUAAUAUCUUUCUUUUAUUAAUCUUUAGUUUUUGUUAUAUUUUAUUUGCGUUUUUUUUUAUUUAUUUUUUUUCUUAAAAAAAUAUCCCAUCAUAUACUUUAUUACUACUUUAUGUAUAUAUAUAUAUAUAUUUAUUUAGAAUAAAUUCUUUAAAGAGAACCAUUGGUU